GACAGUGGGAAUGGCUGUGUGACUCGCCCUCCCUGCUCCCGCCGUGCAGCGAUGCUGUCAGUUACUACUCUCAGUUUGGACGGGUACCAGGUUUCACCUCCGCAGCGGGACGACGUUUCCGCGGGGUUCUGGAUGAGCAUCUGAACCUGCUCCGCUGGCCCGAGGGCGUCAAGGGAGACAGAGAGCUGGCUGUUAAAGGAGAGAAUGGCCAACUGUACUACUGGAUCCUGCCCUCCUUCUUCCAGCUGCUCAAAGACCUGGAGCAGGAAGGAAGGGAGUUCGCCAUCCUCUUUCGCACGUUUGGAAACGACCUACCUCGUGUGCUGAGGGCUGUGUACAGAGCACUGAAUGAAGGGGCUCAUCCACUGUUCCCUGAUCUGCCUGAUCUCAAGUUACGUGUGAAUAUGACCGCGGGCAAAAUCCGCUGCAGCAAGAGGGGAAUCGUCCUGAGCCGAGCUGAGGACCGAGUGACGACUCAUGAUGGAGAAAGAGGCCUGUACCAGUACUUGAGCUCAGUCCAGGGUCUGGGAGGCUUUCAGGACCACUUUGACUGGUGGGCUAGUAAUACCUUCUCCAUUCGUGGAGGGAAGCCAUUGUGGGUCGACCCCUUUGACCAAAAUGUUCAGCACAUCUUCAUAGACGACAACAUACGCCAGAAUGACGAGGAUACCAUAGUUCAUCCCAAGGUGUUCUUGGACCCAGGAAGCACUGAGACUCGUACAGCCUGCACCUCUGAGCUCUAUGACAUCACACUGGUCCAGAACGACCUCCUCCGGGCCAUUUCUGACCCGAGCUACUUCACUCAGCGCAUCCACAUCUGCCUGGAAAACUAUGACAGGAAUCUCCAGCAGGGGGCAGGCUAGAGAAGUUCAACCUUCCCUCCUUGUAUUUUGUGUUCGUCUUUAUGUGACAACCUCAAGCUUAGGGUUCCAUUAACCCAGAGACAAAAGCACUGACAGAGGAUGCAGACACAGUAGACGUGGUAGGGACACCUACGCUGAGUUUGAUGAUUAACUGAAGGACUGGAGGUCAUUAAACAACAAAUGGAGGAAAGUCACAUGAAUAAAUAUGCAGAUGAGGAAGGAACACAGUUAUUAUCUUAAGAUCAAAUAAACUAAGGACAAACUAAAUGCAGUUGAGUAAGUUUGGCAGCUAGACAACAGGUCAAAUAAAUAAUGCAUACUUUAUCUACUCCAGGACAGCAGCAAAUAGAUUGUCUGCUAGCGAACCGCCACAUAAAGAGUUUUUGACCUAAUUAAGCAGUAAAGUGGCCAGGCCAGACUCUUUGAUUGCAGCAAAGGCUCUGUGACUAAUCACACCACAGGAUAAUUGCCCUAACUCUCUAAGAUUUGUCAGACAGCAUAAUUGGGGUCAGAUACGGUGAAAACCCCCUCAAGUGUUGCGUUAGUUGUGUAGUGAGUAGAAUCCACCAGGAUUUUGCUCGGCUCUUCGUUCGUCAUCCUCAGGGUGUGACACUUCCAUGUAGCUUCGCCCUUUAGUUUACGGAAAUGUACUUUAACUUCCAUUGUUGGCUUUGUCUGCAUUGUUUACAUCCACCCAGAACUCAAAGGUGAUACUUGAAUCUUUCCAGAUGACUGAAAAAGAAUCUGAUAUAUGAGUAUGGCUGUGUAACUUUAGGCUGAUACCUCAGAGCGCACUGUAAACACAUUAGGAAGGCAAAGUAAUCAGAAAGUGACUUUAAAUACUUUUUAAUGUGACUAUAUUGCUAGUAAGAAUUUCAAAAGCCACAAUAUUACAUUCAUUAAAAAUUUCCUGAUAUUAACAGGUAAGAGUAAUCCAUAUCCAUGAUACAUCUGUCAGGGCUUUAUUAUAGAUUUAUUAUACAAAGUAAUAUCUUGAAGCACUGAGACAUAUCAUAAGGUUUAACAUGGCUUUGGGAUGCGUUUGCACAGAAUUGUUUACUACUUGUUACUACUGUUUUUACUAUUUGAAACAUUUAUUUAAUAAGUUAAAUGUGUGGAAACAAUGGUAGUUUUUGCUUUGAUGGUUUGAUAUAUUUAUUGUUAAGCUUCCGUGGAGAUUUUUAAUGCAAAUGGUAUCAAUAAUCUAAAGAAAAAUACUUAAAUGCGGGUUUCUGAGAACCACUGGGAACAACGGCAGUAAUUUUUUUUCAGUAAUAAUGAACAUGCAAAGAGUACAAUGAAAAGUGCAAAGACUAAGGUGGGAUGGAAAGCUUUGUUGGUGGAGUUUCAAUUUGCAAAACCCUUAAAGAACCAGUGUGUAGGAGUUAGAUGCAUCUAGUGGUGAAGCUACAGAUUGCAACUAACUGAACACCGCUCGCAUCUCUAUUUGAUGACCCGGGAAUUAGAACGGGCUGUGAAGUCUUAGGAGAAAUAACGGUGGCAGUGAAACUAGUGAAAAAUGCCAAAAGCCCCAACCUAUCUAGAGCAUGGUGGUUCAACAUGGCGGCCUCCAUAGAAGAGGACCCGCUCCCUCUAUAGAUAAAAACAGCUCAAAAACACAACAGUUGUUGUGAUUACACAUUAAUGAAAACAUACCUAUGAAUAUGAAUUUCCAUUUAUGACAAUAGAUCCUCCUAAAUGUUACACACUGGACCUUCAACACAAAAUGCUCUACUCCAUCAUGCACAGGUUUAUAAUAGCAUCACAGCAUUGUAUAAGUUUAUCAGUGAAUUUUAAUCAUUGCUGCAUUUUAAAGUAAAACUAUCAUGAUAUAAUGCUGUCAAACUUUGGAGAAGAUUAUACAUAUAGUAAACAAUAUGCAAUUUAUAGUAAUUGAAAUUGAAAUGAUAGAUGAUAGAGUAAGCUUUACUGUAAUUUUAUUUUUUGUAUGUUAUACUACAGUAAAUAUAAACUGUACAUACAGUACAUUCUACAUUCAUACAAGGCAAAAUGAUGAUUACUUCACUAAAUCAGUUAAAUUUUCCUGUUCUGCGACCACAGAGUUUGUUACAUAUUGUUUAAGACACAAAAUCUUAGAUAUUUUAAUUACUUAGUAUAAGUUUGUGCAUCUAAAAUACAGAAAACUACAGUAAUACUGUAUUUCUGAAAAGAAAGGACAGAUGCUUACAAACACGUUACAUUGAUUCAAUAAUCUGUAGGUUUGGUACAAAGUACCAAAACUAAUAAUGACUCAGCUAGUUAUAUUGGACUUUGUAUGGAAGAACAGCAUUUUGUGGUGAGGUAAAGUUUUGCACACUGAAACUGAUGCUGUCGUGCAUUGAACACACUUGAAAAACAUUUUAAUAAAUUUUUUCUGAUGUUAAAUAUUGCCAUUCAAUGUUAGUGUUUGGCGUUUUGCAUAAUGACAAUUUACUGUAGGCACAUAACAUAAGUUAAUCAUGAUUAUUGGUAUGUUAGAGACACAAUUUCAAUUGAUUUGACCCUUUGCUGCUGUGAUACCGUAAAGAAUGUCAGAAUGUGAUCAAUGAGGGGACACUGUUAAGGAGCCAACACGUGGCUUUAUUAAAGAUUUUUGAUACAGCUCAUUUAUAAAUCAUUAAUAGGUUAUUGAUAAAUAGCUGUGUGUGUGACCAGGUCAGGUCCACUGGGGAUUAAUUAAAGAAAGUAUGAAGUGUUAAGGCCAAAGGGUGGUAAGUACAUUCAUUUGUCUGCUUUGGUGUGUUGUAAUGAACAUUAAAAAUGUCUGUAAUACUUCUCUUCAUUCUGUUUCAAAGCAAAUAUUCUUAUCUUCUAUACAACCAUAUUUAUCAGCACCCCUGCAGCUACCUGGAGUUACUUCAAGUGGAAAUAAUGAGUGGAAGCAGAAGACCAAAUGAUAAGGGAGGUGCUUGUGAGAUAAAAUGUUUCCUGUCUUUCUAGUUUGCCAUGGGAUUAAAAUGCAACGCUUGGCUUGAAAUGUUUGAAGUGAGGUUUCAUAAGGUAAUUCUACUCUCCUGAAACAUUUGUGUAAUUGGCUGCGUCAUUAUGGCAGAGGUCAGACACAUUAAUGUGACAAGUCAUGUCUGAAGUUUGUCCCAGGCUGAUUGUGAUAGAUGAUAGUGCUGCUGCUGGCAACUGACUGAACAUUUGAUGACAAAGCAGAUGGUGCAGCAGUGUCAUUCAAUAUGACUACAAUGGGAACUAGAAUAUAGAACAGCUUUUUUUUGUGUGUAAUAUAAAAGUGCACAUUUUAAUGUUUCAUCUUUUCCUGUAGUCUCUUCUGUUCUGGUUUAGUUCUGUUAUGUUCUACUUUGAUCUGUCAGUGUUUAGUAUUUAUAGCAAUCCCAGAGUUGCAUAAAGAAACUCAUAAUA